AUGCCGUACUGCAUUCAAGCUGUCUUCAUUCUCCUUGGCCCGGCCCUCUUUGCCGCGUCGGUCUACAUGGUUCUCGCUCGCAUUAUCCGCUCCGCGAAGCCCGAGAAGCACUCAACAUUUGUCUUCUCCGAUGUCCUCACCUUCUUACUUCAAGCCGGCGCAUCUGGGAUGAUGGCCACUAGCAGCCUCACCAACAUUGGACAGGCCGUUAUAAUAGCCGGUUUGGCCUUGCAAGUCCUAAGCUUCGGGUUGAUCAUCGUGACCGCAGUGAUGUUUCAGAGACGGGUGCAUGACCACCCAACACCCGAAGCGUUUGAAGGAUGUGUUCCCUGGAAGCAGGUGAACAGUUUGUACGUCAUAAGCGGGUUCAUUCUGCUCCGAUCCAUAUUCCGGGUCGUCGAGUACGCUAUGGGAAACGAAGGUUAUCCACUGAGCAACGAGUGGACACUUUAUACUUUUGAUUCUGUGCCAAUGAUUAAUGAUUAUUGCCAUGGUCAUCUUUGGGAUUUGUUACCCGAGCGAACUACAGCCAUUCCUAAACGAUGA